GAGAGAUCAGUGAUCAAGAGCGAGCUAGAAGGGUGAUUUAAAAAAUCAGCAAGCCUAGGUGGCCACCGUAUUUAGAGGUGCCCCGCCCCUCCCUUUUAGCACCCUCCCGACGAAACUUUCUUUCCCCCAAAAUUUCCCACUUUCUACCCUUUCUUCACUAUUUUCCAGCGGUCGCAAUUCCACGCACCACCUCUUGACCCCUCUGACCACCGAAACACAGGCGGGUUCUCUUUUUUUAAUCAUUCUGAUCGACCUUGUUCCAUCAAGAAUCCUUUAUUGCCUUAAAACCACCAACCAACACCAGUUCUUAGCACGCACUCAGGCUAUCACAGGUGUUUUUUAAGGGAAUAAGGACAGUACAUUACAGUACCUACCUAUUAACAACCGCACAACACAAGACUGCUAGUACAACAUAGAGAGAAGCACUAAACACAACUACAAUCAUCCCAACACCCCCCUAUCUACUCUUCUACCUACACGUAACGCGCAACAAUCCUAAUCAACAAUGCCUCGCCCCAAAAAGACGGAGCCUGCGCGACAACCCGCACCUGUCGCCCCAGCGCCAGCUACUAUGGUACCUAUGGCAAUGCAGCCAGUUCCCUCCCAACUACCUCCACAGCCUAUUCAACAACAGCAACCUCUCGCUGCAGGCCCUGGUGCCCAGCCUAGAACGAUUGGCCUCGAGGAGUUUAUUAGAGUCCGCGACAGCGUUCAUGCGCGUUUCAACACCAUAACAGGUCUUAUGAAGAGUUUCGCAGAUGACUUUCUACGCCAAACCAACCUUUUAAUCGGAGAGCCGGCUCCUUUUGACAAUGGGGCCGCUCAUUCCAUGCAGAACCUCAUUGCAAAUCUGGAUGGUAUUAGUGGUCAAUUUGGCGAUCUGGCUGCUCAUGUAGAAGAGAAGAAGGAGCGUAAGAAGCGAACUCACGAUCCCAAUGCCCCCAAACGACCCUUGACACCUUAUUUCCUAUACAUGCAAACCGCUCGGCCUAUCAUCGCCAACGACUUAGGUCAAGAUGCCCCCAAGGGUGCUGUACAGGAAGAGGGACAACGUCGAUGGGCUUCUAUGACCCCUGGGGAGAAGAACGCCUGGAACAAUGCAUACCAGUUCAACCUGCGUCUAUACAAUGCUCGAGUCCAUUCGUAUAAGGGCGGUAACUUGGAUGCUCGCAAUAUGAGCGAUCCCGAUGCUCUUGCCUAUGCUGAUGCGAAUGGCAUUCCCCAGCCCGUCUUGUCCGGUGAAGAGGCGUAUGCCCCUAAUGACCAAGACGCCAUCGCCGAGCAACUACAAAUGGCUGUUGCGCCAGCCGUCGCUGAGGUGGAAACUCAAACUCCCAAGGCCAAGGCUACUAGGAAGCGAAAGAGUGCUGCAGCAGACAUCGAGGAUGGUGAGGCGAGUGCUGCUAAGACCGCAACACCUGCCAGCCCCGACAAGAAGCGCAAGAGAGCUUCCAAGGUAGCUGAUACUCCUGAGGAGCCCAAGAAGAGCAGCCGCAAGAAGAAGGCAGCUUAAUUCAUCGGUCACUUUGCUCGUGUUUUUUUAUACCCGGCUCUCACUUCGCAGUAGGAGAUUUUCGUGUAUGAGCCAAGGAUGACGAACAAUUCAUUCCUGCCGCAGAGGUGCUGGGAGGCGGAUGUCGACUUUUGUUCGCCUUGUUUCAUGGUGCUGGAAUUUGAUGGUUUGCCUGGCACUCUGACUUUUCAGAAAGGGAAAAGCUGUAUUCAUGCGAGGCAGAGGGUGAAAUGGAACGAUACCAGGUAGCUAGGCGCGUUCCAAUGGUAGCUCCGGUACGUUGUUGCCGGUGGCUCAUUUGAUUCUUAUGGAACCGACCUUGCUCUUCUAACGUUGUGUUAUGAGUUAUGAGGAUUCUUCUAGUCGUUUAAGGAACGGGGUGCCUGCGGGUCUUGCAGUACAUAGUGCGUUACUGGUUUGAUAAAAGAGCUAAAUGCUGAAGUAAAUGUUCAUUGACCUGGUGUGCUAUCGUGACUAUUCUCAUGACGGUAUACUUAUCCUCGCUGUGUCGUGUUUUCGUAGGGAGGUAGCUUGGUUAG